GACUGGUUUUGAAUUGCACAGAGGGGUGUUCCGAUAAUGUAUUCCCUGCUGUAUGUUCUUUUGUGUUACAUGGUUCAUUAGUAUCAGAUGAUUUAAUGGUAAUCAGGGCUAAGUGCAAUGGAGAGUCCUUGGUAAAGCUCUGACAAAAGUUGCAAAACUAGCUUCUGGCGGUAAAACCUACGCUCAUUUAAAUUGAAGUCUUUAACAGGGUUGGGAGCAUUUAAAGAACUGACCUAGGUCAUGGUCAAGCUAGUCGUUGACUGUCGGUUGAAAGACUCAAACUUGACACUGGACAAACAACCGACCUAUCACAAUUCUGGGAAAAAAAAUAGAUUUUUUUUAUUGCUUUCUUCCCAAGGAAGUUACUGCACGUCUUGAACUGUAAGAAGUCGUGCAUAUUGACAUCAACAGAACCAGAGGAAGAAGAUGAGUUCAUACGUGGAUCUGACUUGAGCAUGAUGCUUAAUUACAUAAAUUAUAUAUGGAUCUAAUCUAGGAUUAACAUUGAUACCUUCAAGCUAUAAGAAAGCAUCAGAUACUUCAAAAAAAAAAAAAGAAGAUUGAUCAUCAAAUAUAUACAGAUAAUAGAAAGUUUUCUUUCUUUUUUUUUUGAUUCAGCUGCUUAAUUAGAUGAUCAAUUAAUCUUCAUGGAUUUUGUUUCCUUUCCAAUUUUUCCACCUAUCUGUUCAUCUCAAACCACGGUCCUCCAUAUUCACUAAUAGCUCCCUAGCCAAACUGUAGAUUCAGUACUCAUUUUGCUCUCUCGACCAAGUCCCUUCAUGGUAUCGGCUAGUAUCAAUGAUGAUAAGCAAGCAAACAAUGAUCCACCAGUCUAUUUAAACCAUUCAUCCCCGACUGAGUUCCAAUCUUAUCCAUCCCCACCUCUGGUUUCAAGGUGUAGAAAACGAGAAGAAAACGAUGAUCAGAGUUCGUUUUCUUCAUCCCCAUUUUCAGGGUCAGGUAUGUCAUCCUCACCGGACUCUACCAUGAAUAACCACACUUAUCAACCAAAAAAAGACGGAGACCUUGAGAUGGGUGACGGCAGGAUAGUUCCUGCGAAUAAUCACCCUCGAAGGGUCCCUUUUCGGAAGUUUGAACUUGGGAAGAUGACUAUGGCGGUAGUUGCGCCUACGACCACCCUUCUUGUAUGUCUGAAAGUCUGGGCAUACUCUUCACCGGUAGCUGCGAUACCAUUGCUUUUCCUAUGCUAUGGUUCAUUAUUUAUUAUCGUUGGAGUGGUCAUGUCACAUGAUUUUCCAUCGGUGGCCAGAUGGAUGGAAGAGGGGGGAGUUAUGUUUGUGUUUGGAGCAUUCACAUGGUCUAUGAGCUCUAUGUUUUAUCCCCGGUUUUAUCUUAUGAUCAUACCAAUUUUGUGUUUCCCCAUUCUUAUUAUCGCCUUGGUAGUGCUCCGCUAUGUUGAUCCAAAUCCUGGUGAUACGGCUGGUUAUCCCGGUGGUCAGAAGGCAUUUACACUCGAGAGACCAGCAGUACUGGCUGAUUGUGGUGGUGAUGCAUAGUAUUUACUAACACUUACAUAACGGCACUGUGUGGGCACUUAAUUUUUGUUACUAUUCAAAGUUUCUAUCAUCGAGCUAGCUUGCUAAGCGAUCAGGUACUUCAUGUAUAUUUCAGUAUAGCGAUUUUUUUUUGUUGGUAAAACAGAAA